AUCUUCUCUUUAUCAACGCCUUGGUCUCUUCCUCAGGAAGUGCACGUGCCUAAGAUCAAUUAGUUCUUGUCCUUUUAACCUCUGGCUGGGGUCUUUCUGUCCCUGAACCUCACUAGGGUCUAAAGGAGUUCUGUUUGGGGGUUCUAGCCUCAUGAUUUGGGGGAAGGGGGCAUUCCUAAGCCAAGGAACCUGUUCUAAAAGGAGAUCGAAGCCUGCUGGACCCAAAAACGUAAGAGGCAAUUGAGAUGCUUGGGAGGAGCUUGAUUCAAAAGAAAAAAAAAAUAAUGCUCUUUUUCUGUUCUCUUUCCAUGAAAAUUCAUCCAGUGAUCCCAAGGAAAGCUCUAAAGAGAAGCUAUGACUGUGUGGACGGUGACUUGGACUGUUACGACCUGAGAGGCCGGCGGAACGCUUUCCUCAUGUGUGUGAAGAAGAACAGGCCAGGGUCUGACCGGGAUGUUGUUCUAAUGAACCAAUGGCUUAGCCAGUGCCAGUUUGAAUAUACGUCUUGCAUCGACCCUGACAAAAAGGAGUUACUUGAAAAACUAACAUCAUUUCGUGAUGGAUUAAAUGAAAUUAAAGAUGAAAUUAGCUGUUGCCUUGUCACUCUUAUGUCCCAUGGAGAAAAAGGCUCUCUUAAAAUAAGAGAUGAUGAAAGAGUCAGCCUGGAAGAGAUUUUUGAAAUGUUUAAUAAUAAAAAUUGUCCAGCACUUAAGGAGAAACCAAAGAUCUUUAUAAUCCAGGCCUGCAGAGGAGAGAGAAGAGAUAGUGGUGUUGAAACAGAUGAUGAACCCAUGGACUUGGAUGACAUAUCAGAGAAGAAGAGGCUGCCCACAUUCAGUGAUUAUUUCAUCAUCUAUCCUACCCAGGCAGAUCAUGUUGCUUUACGGCACCCCCGCACUGGUUCUGUGAUGAUCGAAGCAAUGACUGAAAUCUAUCAACAGCAUGGAAAUAAGUGGCACAUCGUUGACUUUUUCACCAAAGUGAAUAACAAGGUGGUGCACACGGAAUUUUUUCUACGCGAGGAACCAAUAAAAGUGUCGCUCGUCAUGGAAUCAACUCUAACUAGAUUCGUGUACUUUUGACGUCGGGACGGUUUAAGAAAUAAGGACUUUCUUUAUCAUAGACUUUGUAAAGAACUGUGAGGCUUUGUAGCAUAGGACAAAUGAGUGUCAUUUUGUCUUACUUUUGUCACUAGUUGUAUUUCUCUAAUUUGUUUUGUAUACGUAUGCUGUUUUUCUAAGAUUUAACUCCGCGUAUUUGGAGUUUGUAAAUAAUUAGACUUUUUUUUUUACUGAAUUUCUUACUUCCUGAACUGUUAUGAAAAUAUGGAAGUCCAGCCCCCAUGUGUGUACUGUUUUAUCAAUGUACUUCUCUUGCUGAUCACCCCUAUCUCUCCACUGUCAGUUUGGUGCUGGUGUUAAGCCACAUCUUCUUGGCUUAGUAUUCAGGAACUGUCUUCAUAUGGUCUUCCCCUGGCCCCCCUGUUUCCCCAUAUUGUUGUCUGACCUUGGGUAUCUCUACUUGUCCUUUGUGUCCUUGAUGCCUUCAUGUUUUCACCCCCACCCAUUCUCCAGCUUCCUCCUCGCUGCCUCAGUACCUUUGAACUGCUGGUUUCUGCCUGGAACACUCUGUUCCGCCCCAUAGGCAAGUCCCUUCUGUCCUUCCAAGUUUAGUUCAAGCAUCCUUGCAGGGGGAUGCUCUCCGCAGCCCCUCACGCUAGGUCAGCUCUUUUUCAGUAUUCAGAGACCCUCUGCUUUCCUUCUGUCGCAUUGAACACUACUGUACUUACAUGACUGUGUCAUGGCUCUUAGUCUCUCUCUCCGUUCAGUUAUAAGCUCCAAGAGGCAGAGGCCAUGGGUCUUAUUCGUAACUGUAUUCCAGCUUCCCUCUGUGCCUUAAGACAGAGAGAAGCCCUGUGAGAAAUGUUUAGCAAGUGACUGAUGCCUGUCUUUUCAUUAUUUUAUCCAUUCCUCAGACCUCACCUUAUUACCUCUAUGCCUAUCUAGCCACAUGCUAGUCAUCCCCACCUAUGUGUCCCAUGGCCACUU